UUGAUAUAGGCUGACUUCAUAAACGCAGUUUGCAAUGCAACAUUGAAAUGCCUAGUGUUCAUAAACGUCAUUAGCAUAUUUUUGGCAUUGCCGUGUGUUCACUAUCGCCUGGCAACCCUUUCUGAUGCGCAACAGUUGUCAAAUUUGUGCAUCUGUUUUAUUUUGGAUGCUUUUUGGAUUUUUGCGGUAAUUGAAAUGGCUGAGACAUCUGAAAAGAAGUGGAGCCAUGAAAGGAAAAAGCUCCUUUUGGAAGUGCGUCUACGCCAUGAACCGGAUUUUUGUGCCAAAAAAAAGAAAAGGAGUGCUAUUUGGGAGCAAAUAAUGCGGGAGAUUAAGGAGGUCGAGGGCACAUUUCCCUUUUCAAGAGAUGAAGCAACCAGAUGUUUUAUAAAUCUAAUGGGCACAUACAAAAGAAUUAAGAAACGCAAUAACACAUCUGGCGAGAGUUCCACGAACUGGGAAUUUUUCGAUGUCAAAAAAUUGCGGUGGAGAAGGAGAAAGUAGCUGAGCUGAAGGAAAUCCGUGCCUUAUUUCAGAGAAUUGUAGACAGGUCUCAAUAAGUUUUCCAUUUCUUGUUCACCUUAACAGAUUAAAAUCUUUUUAGAUAAAUACAAACAAAAUAGAAUACAAACAAAAUACAUAUGUAUUUAUUGUUGUAAUUGAUCUCAUGAAAAAGCGAUAUAAUAAAAAAGUAUUAUUUAUAAAAAGUAUUUUUAAUUGAAAAAGCAAAAGCAAAGAG